UUGGAUCAAGGAGUAGCGUAGAAUCCUCACUUCAAUACACCCUCUCUCUCUCCUCUCUCUCCCACUUUCUAUAUUUACAUUUCAACCCUUAAAAAUCUUUGCUUCCAUGCAUGGAUUUCUCCUCCAAAUCCAAAUACAUAUAACCAAUUCAAGAGACAAAAAAAGUAAUAAAAGAAACAAACAAACAAACGCUACGCUUUCUCAUAAUCGCUUUCAUCACCAACAAUCACCAAAGAUAUGGGUUUUGCAAGAUAGAUGAUUUGAUUCAACUCCUGAUGAUUUCCAGUCGAUAAUCUCAUCUGGGUCAUGCUCGUUUUCAUCUUUUGAUAACCCAAUUCAGUUUCAAUUUUGAUAUUUUUUUUGUUCUGGUUAGUUCUUGAAAUUGUGAGGAUCAACAAUGGAAGAAGAUCAAGAAGUGAUUAAGCACGUUUGCAGAAUCUGCUGCAAGAGUUUUCCUUGUGGUAGAUCAUUAGGUGGUCACAUGAGGUCACAUGAUCAUGAUGAUGAUGGUGAUGAGAGUUUUGUUGUUGUUUCUGCUUCAACAACAGUGAAGAAAGAAGAAGGUUGUUCUGAAGGGUAUUAUGGUCUUAGAGAGAAUCCAAAGAAAACUUGGAGAGUACUCAAUGAUUCAGCUAGUGAUGAUCAAGAGGAAGCUUUUGAUGUUGUUUUGGACAAAUUGUGCAAGGAAUGUGGUAGAGGGUUUCAGUCUUGGAAAGCUUUAUUCGGUCACAUGAAGUGUCAUUCGAGUAGUAAGAACAAUGGUUUCGAGUUGGAUGAACAAGAGUCUAACACUGAUGCUUCUGCUGCUGCUGUUCUUCCGAGUCGAAAGAGAAGAUCGAAAAGACGGUUGAAAACUAGGUAUGUAAAUGGUAAGAGCUCUUCUUCUGUUGUGAAUUUUGCUACGAAUUCGGUCUCUGAGGAGGAUGAACAUGAACAAGAAGAGGUUGCUAUGAGUUUGAUGAUGCUUAGUAGAGAUGUAAGAUCUUGGUCUGGUCUCAAUUCUAUUGCUGAAUCUUCUGAUAAUAAUGAUAACAACUCUAUGGAAUUAGAAGUAGAAGCUCCAUUAACUCAUUUAGUUUCUUCGAAUAAGUCCAAAGAGAAAAGCUUAGAAAUUUUGGAUGAUGAAUUGAAGAUGAAGAAAACAAGAGUUUCUGUUAAGGAUAAGAUGAAGAAUGAGGUUGAUUCUGAUUCAGCAUUUGAGGUUAAUGUAAGAUCAAAACCAGGUACUACUAGCACUAGUAAAGGCAAGUAUACUUCAAUGAAGGAAAAGUUUUAUGAUUGUGAAAACAAGGUUUCAUCGGAAGCUGAAAUCGGCGCGAAAAAGUCUCGUAAGAAGGGAAAAUUCGAGUGUGCUACUUGCAACCGAGUUUUUCAUUCGUAUCAAGCUCUUGGAGGUCAUAGAGCUGGUCACAAGAGAAGCAAAGGAUGUUUUGCUUUAAAGAUUGAUCAAAACAGUGAAAAUGAAAGCAAUGCUGAAGUAGAUAAGAAGAUCAAUGUUUCUGAUGAGGGAAGAGUCUUAGAAAAAGAAGACGUUGUCGAUGAAAUCAAAGAAGUUUCGGAAAUAAGGAACUUCCUUGAUCUUAAUCUUCCUGCUGAUGCAAGUAUUGUUGAUGAAAGAAAUGGUCAUUCUGAGAUUUACACACCAUGGUGGUUAGAUGGAAGUAACUUCAAGCAAGAGUCAAUGGUAGGUCUACUAUCAAACUAGCACUAGUUCGUAGUUCAGUUCGAUUCAACUUUUGAGUGAAGAUUCGAAACUGUAUAGAAAUAGAAUUUGUUUUUGCUGUUAUUUCAUUAAUUCUUUACAGGAAUCAUGUUCUGAUUUUUGAGCUUAUUUUUUGUUCUGCUCUUAUUCUUCAAGUAGCUUGCAUUACAAGAAACUUUUGAUACUGUUUUUUUUUUACUUUUUGAAUAUUGUAACUUUUUGGAGAGUGAUAUAUGAUGAUUACUUUGUUCA